AUGACAGAAAAGGAAACAAUUCCAUUUUGUGGGGAAGCAGACCCCAGAAACUCAGGAGCAGAGACACAGGACAAAGGAAAGGCAAUUUACAGCCAAGAAAUAGUCUGGAGAAAUGUAAUCCUUAUGUCCCUGCUUCACAUUGGGGCAGUGUAUUCUCUCAGCCUUAUUCCCCAGGCACAAAUUCUUACUUUGUUCUGGGCCUACCUGUGUUUCCUGGUAACCGCUCUGGGUGUAACAGCUGGAGCCCAUCGCUUAUGGAGUCACAGAUCAUACAAGGCAAAGCUGCCUCUGAGAAUAUUCUUAGCUGCUGCCAAUUCUAUGGCAUUUCAGAAUGAUAUCUAUGAGUGGUCUCGGGAUCACCGGGUGCAUCACAAGUUUUCUGAGACGGAUGCUGAUCCACACAAUGCGCGCCGAGGAUUCUUCUUUUCCCAUAUAGGAUGGCUGUUUUUACGUAAACACAAAGAAGUCAUUGAGAAAGGAAGAAAGCUGGAUCUACAAGACCUUUUGGCUGACCCUGUUGUUAUGUUCCAGAGAAAGUAUUACAAGACUUCAGUGAUAAUCAUGUGCUUUCUGAUUCCCUCCUUUGUACCUUGGUAUUUCUGGGGAGAAAGCCUUUGGAAUUCCUAUUUCCUAGCAUCUAUUCUUCGAUAUACAGUCUCCUUAAACGUCUCUUGGCUUGUCAACAGUGCAGCUCACUUAUAUGGCAACAGGCCGUAUGAUCAAGGCAUCAACCCAAGAGAGAAUAGAUUUGUAACUUUCGGAGCAAUAGGUGAAGGAUUUCACAAUUUUCAUCACACAUUUCCUUUUGACUACUCCACCAGUGAGUUUGGAUUUAAAUUCAACCCAACUACAUGCUUCAUUGACUUGAUGAGCUUUCUAGGUCUGGCCAGUGACUGCAAAAGGGCUACAAAACAGAUGAUUCUCUCCCGAAAAGCAAAGACCGGGGAUGGCAGUGCCUAA